GUAGUUGCCGACAAGACCAUAUAUUUAUAUAGAAGCGGUGUCAGCGAAAGCCACAAAAAACCGACGUAUUAGUAGCUGGGGUGUGUAUUCAUCCUUUUACAACUGACAGAGUUUCACUCCACCAAAGCAGAUAUACAUAUAUAUAUAUAUAUAUAAGAAGGGAGCUCAUUAUGAAGUUUUGUAGAGUGUUUAAAAUGGGGCGGGAGGAGGAGUCAGCGUAUGAACUCACUCUCCGUCGUCUGCUGGAUACGCACUCUCAUUUCUCAUCCUGGGAGGCGAUGAUAGCAGAGGAGGAAGACCCAAGCCUCUCGUCGUCAAGGGUCUGCACUUUCUGUCCUGCAGCACCCGAGUGGAGCUUGCUGGAGGUUUGGCUGCUCGCGGCUACGGCGGAACACCCCAGGAAAAACAUAGCUGAUCUCGAAAACACCUCGGAUGAGGCAGCAGGCCGUCGCUGGACCCGCUUUCUGGGGUUGUGGAUCUCACUGCGUCUUGCUGGACUCAUUGCCAGCAGAGACACCAAAAGUGAUGCCUUUUGGACGAUGACGCACCGGGAAAUUGAAAGCUAUGAGCAGUGUUUUUUGUACACGGCGUGGCCACUGCUGGAUGUACAUCAGAGAUUGAGACUGCGCUCUCGUAUUGCCCGUCUUCGCAAGUCGUGCCAAAAAGCCCUGCCGCAGCUGAACACCUCGUCAAAAGCCGACAGCGACACCGCAGCAACGGCCGUGGCGGAGGAUGACGGUUACGAGUCAGCGUGCUUCGUGCUGUGCAACAGUGCCAUGCGAGCUGCGCAGUGCGUCGCACGUGAGUAUCUGCGCAUCACGUGGGACAUUUUGGACCCCAAGCAGAUACCGGAGGUUGUGGACAGCCGACUGCGCAUCCUCUUUUCCACUCCGCAGCUUUUGCAGCAGCGUAAUCAUGAAUACACAACGACCGCGUCAGCGCUUGCGGCGUCCGGCGUUGUCCACACCAACUGCAUGACGGAGCUUCUGCCCACGCUUCAGCGCACCCACCUGCAAGAUCACACCGCCGACCACACCUAUCGCGUGUGGAUGCGCGCCGUGCGGACCGCCUUGCUUCAGAUUGGGUACAACCUUGUCGUCAAAACCCGUGCCGCGAUGAUUGACUUCUGCUACUUUCUUGUGCCUGCGCUAAUGGACUUCGAGGCGUGCGUAAUGCUGUGCGAGGUCAUGGAACGAGAGAAGGCAAGCACCGCCGCUGCUGCCAACGGUGCUGCCGCGCCCGGUGAUGCGGAGGAAAGUGAGAAGCGGAGGCAGUUGCGGCGUACCAUGGCGGCUCUCUUACAGGCUACUCAAGACUUCUACGAAGACACAAUCGACGACAUCCUCGUUGGAUACAGAAAGAACUGCAUCCGCACCGCGAGUCCUCCUCGACAGCUCACGGCCACUGCGGUGGAGGCACCGGCCAAUCCGCUUGCGCCGUGCACUCCCCCUGCCCCACCAAAAGGCUUCGCCACCUCUAAUCCGAGCUUUCGGGGGACGCUGCCCACCUCAACGACGGAAGGAGGCAGUGAAGCGGCACAGCCGGAGUUGUCGCUGUCGCGGGAGGCGUACGUCGUCCUCAUAGAGGUGGUGGAGCCGACGUGCGACCUCCUGCGGCGCUACCCAGCCGAGACGAAUUUUCAGCAGAAGGAGCCGGUGAUUGACGUUGCAGCCCGGCGCAAGUCGUCCGGUAAUUCAGAUUGUCCGGAACACCCCCAAGGACAAGAUGGAUGUUGUGGGAACGCGGUACACACGACCGGGGAAGAUGCGGCACCGUCUACGUCGCAGCUCGAUCCGUCUCCUGUGAAGCAGAGUUUUGUCACGUUUUUUGAGAGGAAGGUGGCUGGGUGUUUCACAGAUGCGUUGUACGCAACGCGGUCAAGAUCAGCUUCGGCGAAGGUGCAGGAGCAAGCAGUGAUGGACGCGCAUCUUGUGUCGACCUAUCUCUCCGCUGCGCUGCGUCGAUGA